UUCCCACUUGAAGGAAAGACGAAAUCAGACCAGCAAUCAACUUUGCUUUUAAUUACAGCAGAGUUACAAAUGUGUGUAUGGGUAUGACAAUGAUUAUGAAAGAAACAUUAGCCAAAGAGAAACAGAGUCACUCAUCAGGAUGGUACUUCAGUAAUUUGAAGGGAUACAGAGACAAGGUACAGUUACUUUGUUGAGCGUGAAGUUAGGGAGGUGUGCCAGGCCAAUCAAAGAUCCCCCUUGUCGUUUAUAAGCAGCCAGUUCUCAACUCUAAUCUACGUACAGAUACAACAGUACUAGUGACUGUAUUCCAUGGUACAUACAUACAGCCUACUAAUCACAUAUUAACCCGUAACCAAACGCUCCUUUAAUAUGCAGUGAGGCACACAUGCUAGUAUCUGUUUAUGGGUGCUGCUAGUGUCCUUUUCUGCCUCCUAUUCCCUUUUCUUUCUCCACUGCAAUUGGGUGUUUUUUUUUUCUUUCACUUUUGACUUUGAUACCCAUUUGCCCAUUUCCCUAUCUUUUUACUCUCUUAAUCUCUUUUAAGCUUGGCCAAAAGCUAAUUUGUUUGCAAUUUUAUCUAUUACUAAUCCAUAAACCCUCACAAGCCGCACCAUUAAAGUUUAGUUUUUCAGAGGGCAAAAGAAAUUUCCCCUCAAAAGAACUAAUGGUAUUCUUAGAAAAAGCUUCCGUCUUUUUACUUGGACCUAAUCACACAGAUCUGUAACCUUGAACUUCAUUUUUUUUAAAAGAUGAAACCUGACUGCACUGUUCACUGAUAUAAAUUUCCUUUUUUUUUUUUUUUACUCCUGUUUGGUUUCGAAUUUUGGUUUGGUGCUAUGAGGCGAAGAUGAUCACCCAGUUGUCUCUACUCGUAAAAAGCUUCUCUUUUGUUUCAGUUUAUCUGUAAGCUUAUAAAGCUCACACCUUUUUGAAUAUAGAGCUAGCUCCGUGUGUGGGCAUUGUGUACUGAAGCAAAGAUGAUUCAGUUGUUAUUUUUGGUUCUUUUUGCUGAGGGCAUUGUCGCAUUAUUAUUACUAGUAAAGAUUGGGCCCUUGAGAGAGCUGGUGAUCAAGAGUUUGGAUCAGUUGAAGAUGGGAAAAGGUCCAGCUACAGUGAAAACUAUUGCUAGUACCAUGUCUGUGAUUCUCCUAUCAAGCCUUAUGAGCAUUAUUAAGAUCCAAAACAAGGGUGCAAAGCUUGGUACUAUGUCACCUAUGGAUCAAGUUCUAUGGAGAACCCACUUGCUUGAAGCGUCACUCAUAGGGUUCACCCUGUUUCUUGGGUUCAUAAUUGAUCGUAUGCACCAUUAUCUUACAAAGCUUAUUGGAUUGAGGAUUAACAUUGGGUCUUCGAAAGAGGAAGUUGAAAGGCUUCAGAAAGAGAAAAUGCAGCUUAAAGAGAAGGAAGAUAAAUCUUCCAUGGAAAUAGAGCAACUAAGGAAACAAGUUUCUACUCUAUCGGAGAAUUUGGAGAAGCUUAAGUUGGAAAAUGAACAGAAGGACAAGCAGAUUGAAACUGCAGAGGCCCAUGUUGUAUCCCUUCAGAAACAAUCUGCCGACCUGUUACUAGAAUACGACCGUCUUUUGGAAGACAACCAAAAUCUUCAGGCUCAAGGUCUGGGAUACAAGAGCUGAGGGUAUUUGUAAGUUGCUGAAUAAGUCGGGCUUUGUGAAGUAGUUCUGUGUUCCAGCCGUGUUGCAGAACAAAUGUCCUUGAUUUCACAGAAAAUGGCAAUGGCUAUUGGUUGAUGCAUCUUCAUUGGUUAAAAGGAGGCGCUAGCGAUGUUUCUCAGAAAAGGAAAUGGGUUAACUUGACCGGGAUGGAAAUUUUGUAAUUUUGCUUCAAUCUAGAUUCUUUGGCUCAUUUUUCUUUGUUUUCAGUUGUUGAUAGUGACUUAUCUUUCCAUAUAGCUUUCUCCUACUGAUAUAGGUUUGUGAUUUAGGUUGUUAAUGGGAUGGGAUCCAUAUUUUUCAAACAGGGAGUGGAUAGUUGGAAGAAUUGGAACUGUUCCUAAAUGUAAUGUUCUUCCCAUUUCUUUCUGUGCC